UCGAGAUUUAGUGGCGAGGAGGCCGCGAGCGCAGGAUUGUUUACUUAUUAUUUUCCCUGAAUAUUAAGUUUGCUGACGUUCUUCGGUGAUUCCUAGCACAGGACGACCCUCCCCUGUCCCCUCCCCACCCACCCCCCCUUUUUGUCAGAGAGCAUGGCUCAGGAGACCAAUCGGACGCAGGUGCCAAUGCUUUGCACCCUGGGCUGUGGUUUCUACGGCAACCCCCGCACAAAUGGCAUGUGCUCCGUCUGCUACAAGGAGCACUUGCAGAGGCAGCAGGGGGGGGGCCACACCACCUCCCCAGCUGCUGCAGCCCUGGCGGGAUCCCCUGGAGAAGCUCCUGUCGCCGUGGAAACGACCCCUGAACCCAGCACAGAUGGUCUGGCCCAGACAGAAGAGACCAAGUCCAGCUCCCCCAGCCCGGUCACCCAGCAGAUGACGGCCAUGAGCAUCUCCCAGGACAGCGGGCCAGUCGACUCGGAUCAGGCCGAAGCGGACGAGGAAGAGGAGGACGAGGACGAAGGGCCUUCCAAACCGUCGGGCGAGACUGCAGAGGCAGCGGAGGCCGUUUCCGACGGCGACCAGACGCCCGACAAAAACAAGAAGAAGAACCGCUGCUUCUCCUGCCGGAAGAAAGUGGGCCUCACAGGGUUCGACUGUCGCUGCGGCAACCUGUUCUGCGCCGUCCACCGCUACUCGGACAAGCACGACUGCCCCUUCGACUACCGGGGGGCGGCCACCGCACGCCUGCGCAAGGAGAACCCCAUCGUGGUCGCCGAGAAGAUCCAGAAGUUGUGAGUAGGACCGCGCCAUGGCAACGGCAAACGCGGAAAUCCGGAAGAAAAAAAAAACAAAACAAAAAAAAAAGACACCCCCAAAACAACGGAGAGAAGAAGAAAACGAGGGUGAAUCCCAGACAGAGAGGAGGAGGCGGCAGCGCUGGGAAUGACCAUGCCAGACAACCACACCUUUUUU